GGCGUUUUGGUUGUGGAUAUUGGCAAUUGCUUUGGACCAGCAGCUUUUAAACAUGUUUUCUGCCUCUUGUUGGGUUCCCAGGGGAUACGCCUCUGAGUUUCCCAGACAGUACGACUUGGACGAUGCUGAAAUGGAGAGAAUUUCCAGACUCGCCCAGCUACAGUUAGAUGAUGCAAAUGACGAUUUGCAAGAGGCUCAGCGAGAACAAAUCAACUACAAUGGAGACUCCAAAGAAGUGACUUUGACCAAAGAUCUGCUCCUAGAGAAGGAUAGAGCAGACAUUGAAAUUGACGAAGAUCUCAAGGAAUAUCAUUUUGAAGACUUUGAUGAUGAAGAAGACAAAAACGAUCUUAUAUUCAACAAUCUUUCCAAAAAUAUCGACGACAUCAAUAUGAACGAUGAUAGCGAAAACGACGGUGACAACAUCCAAGAAGAUAAUACAAAAGAAAACGACGACGAUGAUUCUCCGGUGUUAACUUCUGAGCAGCUCAAGGAGGAAGAGGAAGAAGAAAGAAAAGAGUUGCAAAUAUAUCCAAACGAUAACCUAGUUGUGGCCGGAAGAACUGAAGACGAAUUAUCCUACUUAGAGGUCUAUGUUUACGACGAUGGUGCAGGAAACCCAAACCCUAACGACAAUGACGACAAUGACGAUAACAAUAGUGACGACCACCUUGAAAAGGGAAUGAUUCGCGAAAGCUCCUUAUAUGUCCACCAUGAUUUUAUGAUACCAGCCUUUCCUUUAUGCAUCGAAUGGUUAGAUUUCUCCAAAAAUGAUUCCAACAAUUUUGUAGCCAUUGGCACUUUUGAUCCUCAAAUCGAAAUAUGGAAUUUGGAUUCAGUCAACUCUCAGUUCCCUGAUUUAAUAUUGGGCCAACCAAUCACCACUAACAACAAUAAUAACAAAAGUUCAAGAAGGAGCAAAAAAAAUAAAAGAAAUAAAAAGAAAAUAAAAUACCCCUUAGAAUACCACACUGGUGCUAUCCUAUCGUUAUCUCACAACAAAUUUGAUAAAUCAAUACUAGCCUCAACCUCGGCCGAUCAUAUGGUAAAAGUAUGGGAUUUAAAUGCUGAAAAAGCAACCCGUUCUGUAAUAUUACACAACAAUAAAACCGUAUCAUCUUCUCAAUGGAGUUCAGAUUCAUCUAUAAACUCAUCUACUAUAUUAUUAACUGGAGGUUAUGAUAGCUCAAUUUGUGUUUCCGACUUGAGAGUAUCCGAUGAAUCAACCAUGUCGAAAAGAUGGUCUGUCAAUAAUUCAGAAGAAGUCGAAAACGUUAAAUGGUCUAACGACAAUCUACUAUAUGCUGGUACUGAUAACGGCUCCUUGUACUGUUUUGAUCCAAGAGUAGAGGGAAAACCUUUAUGGACUUUACAGGCCCACGAUUCAGGAAUAUCUUCUCUUCAAGUUAACCCCUUUAUUAACAAUAUGAUAAUAACUUCUGCAAUUAACGAAAAAGCUGUGAAAUUAUGGAAAGUAGAAAAUAAUAUACCAUCAUUGGUUUCUUCUAAAAAUAUGGAUAUCGGGAAUAUUCUUUCCACUUCUUUUACUCCUGAUUUAGAAGUUGCAGGAAACCUAGCCGUUGGUGGUGUAACUGGUUCACUAAAAGUUUGGGAUAUCUUUUCAACAAAAUCAGCAAGGAAAGCAUUUGAAGAAUCUUUAAUCCAAUUACAAAAAAAAGCUUUCUUGGUUGCCAAACAAAAUAACAAAUCAUCUAGAAUUGCAAAAAAAUACUGGGAUACUUAUCCUGAGGUUAUAUUGCAAGGUGAAUAAAACUAACAAUUGUGUUAUAUAUAAUCUUAUGUAUAAUUUUAUUUCAUUUUUUAUACAAAAAAAAAGCUUGUUUUCAUUGUAUAUUUAACUUUUACUAUUGUUUGUCAUUAACCAAUUGAUAACUAAUUAAAACACCAAAAUCGCUCAUCGAUAAACUUA